CGAACUACAAAGAUUCCAACGCAUCAAUCCGCGCGAAUUCGUCAAUAAACCUCCGCGCGAAUUCGUCGAUAAACCACCGCGCGAAGAACCGCUUUUCCCAUUUUUCAUUCCGCGCCGUUCCAAUUUUUCAAUUUUGGCAUUAGAUUUUCCCUCCUUUUCUAUGCUCUUCUCAUCCCCUUCUUAACCAGCAAACCCUUCCAUGGAACCCUCUCAUCGGCUGCCAAUUGCGAAGUAAUACUACUGCUACUACUAGAGAUACUAUCUAUACUAGUGGAAAUGGCCGGCGGCGGAGCAUCUGGAAAGUCUUCUAACGCACCCAGAGUGAGGAAGAGGGUUGAGGUCGAUUCCAAUGAAUCUUCUUCCUCUAACCACAGCCUCAAACGCGCCAAGAAUGGCAGUGCCUUUACUCGUUGUGAAGAAUGCAACAAGGAUGUACCUGUAGCUUUGAUUAGUUUCCACAACUGUAGCCUUGAUGCCCAGAUCAAGAUGAAUUUGGAAGCUCACGUAAUUGAGAUGCCUGCUGAGGUCAAGAAAAAGCCAUCUACAAGGAAAAAAUCAAGUUCAGCUGAGACAAAGACCAAAAAGUCCAAGGAUCCUAAUGCACCAAAGCGCCCUCCCACUGCCUUCUUUGUUUUCAUGCAAGAUUUUAGGAAGACAUUUAAGGAAGAGAAUCCUGAUAAUAAGAGGUCCUCCAUGGUUGCCAAAGAGGGUGGCGAGAAAUGGAAAUCAUUGACAGAUGAUGAGAAGAAACCAUAUAUUGAAAGAGCUGCUGAGCUCAAAGCAGAAUAUGAGAAGCUCCUUGAAGCUCACAAUGCUGCUGAACAUGAAGAUGUUGGAGAAGAAUCUGAUAAGGAGGUGAAGGAGACUGAAGUGGAAGAGAUUGAAGAGGAGGAAGACUAGUGCAUUUGCCAUUGCUUUUGUAGUUGCAUGUUCUUCAGCAUUGUUUUCAAUGUCAUUACUACUUUAAAGCUGCAAUUCAAAUAUUUUCCUACGUUCGGACAAAAACAUUUACCUCUGCAAUCCUAGCAUUCGGAGUAUUGUUUUUGGAGUGCUGUAAAUGACCUUAGGUCAACUAUGCCUAGUAGAUAUUCCAGUAAUCAAUAUGAUGUGAAAGCCAACUUGGUCACAGUUGACUCGUGACUACAUGUAUAUCCACUCUUAUUAAGUGUUUUGCUAAAGAUUGUGAGUCUACUCUUGGUUGUGAUUCAUCACAAAUAAUCAUAUCCAAAAUAGUAUUGAAACAGUCAUCUUAUAAGGUCUUCGGGUAAGAUUAUGUAAUUCACUCUUCGUUGUGAUUCAUAUAGGCUUGGACUCGUGCUGGUUUGGGUCCUGGCUGGACCUUUGGUUUAUUUAAGGUGGGCCUGGGACCGGCCUGAGGUAAGGACAGUUCUUGUUCGGGCCUGGCCACUCGCCCUGGUCAUGGGUUGGGCCACUCGCUGG